AUGGGCCACCGCCUUGAGCCCCCUCGGCCCCGAGCCGCUAGCGCCCUUCGCGCUCCAGAGACAGGCAGCCGCGGCGCGACCCGUAAAGCCAGCUCCGCAGCCCGCCCGGAAAUGCUCGGCGUGCCCGCCCUUCACCCGGAAGUCCACAGGCUUUGUGAUGACGUCACUACCCAACUUCUGGGCAUCACAGUGGCGCGGUCCCUGGGGGCAAAUCAUGGCGCUAGCCCUAGGUCUCUCGGAACGGCAAUCGCAAUCGGACCACGUGCAGCGCAGCACACUGGCUCCUCGCUCCUCCAGGAUUCCAGACGGUUGGGAAUUGGACCGACUUUGGCUCAGCUCCGGGAUGUGCUCCUGACAGCCUGCCCUCCAGGGGCUAUGGAGAAGGCCAUCCACAAAAGCAGAAAAGUCUGUCUCUGUGAAGAUCUAAAACAUAUCCCCUUCUUUUUAUUAGAAAAACAAAUCAGCUUCCAGGUCAAGUCAUCUGUGCACAACUUGAGCAAAACUCAGCAGACCAAACUCACUGUGGGCAGCCUGGGGUUAGGCUUGAUCAUCAUCCAGCAUGGACCCUACCUCCAGAUCACACACCUCAUCAAGAAGGGGGCUGCAGCCAGGGAUGGAAAACUCCAGACAGGUGAUGUUCUGAUUAGUGUUGGCCAAACCAAUGUGUUAGGAUAUACUCUUCGAGAAUUUUUAAAGCUUUUGCAACAUAUCACUGUAGGAACAGUGCUGCAAAUAAAGGUUUACCAAGAUUUUAUUGAGAUACCCCAAGAAUGGCAAGAAAUAUAUGAUUUAAUACCGGAGACCAAAUUCCCAGUAACAUGCACAAAAAAGAAAACUGAGCAGAUAAAAGACUCUUUCACAAGCACUGAGGACAAGGAAGAUGUAGUUUUAGAUAAAAAACUUAAGUAUUAUAAAUCCCCACAUUCCACUGGGCAUCAUCCUGCAAGAAGACCCAUGUCAAUCUCCAGAGAAUGGCACGAAUAUAAAAAGAAGAACCAGACUAUCAGCGUAGGAACAGACAUUAACUGUGAUGUCAUGAUUCACAGAGAUCACAAGAAAGAAAUGAGAGCCCCUUCCCCAUACUGGGCAAUGGUGAAGCAAGACAAAGACAGCUCCUCCUCCUCCUCAGCCUCAGACAUAUUCUGGCUGGAAGACUAUGCCCAAGUUGAAAAGGACAAGGGUCAACCUGCAUCAAAAGUUGGUUACUAGUUUACAAAUCUGUGAUCAUAGGAGCAUUUCUCUGGAAAAUACCCAAUUUUUAUAACUGCCACAUACAGCUUUUCUGUACUUACAGGAAUAUGUACUGACUUAACCAAUUAUUUCACAGCUGUUGUAAAGCCUUUAGGCCUUCUCCAAUGUGAUAUCCAAGACUUCCCUUGGUGGGCAAAGAGCCCUCAAAAAUUUUAUUCUUAAAACAGCACCAUCACUCAGUCAUUAAGACCCUCCUAUCUCAGAAAAAUGUCUCAUCUUUUAGAAAAUGUAGCUGAGCAGCUUAAUAUCAGAAUGUGUGAACAUAGUAGAGAAUUUCACUUUUUAAGGUAAGUGCCAUAUUGUUAUUUAGAUAUCUAGUUUUUCUUGUUUUGCAAACUUCAACUGCCCUACUUAAAAGAAGUAAAAGGUAUUUUUGGCUAAUUAUUCAAGUUAGAAGUUGUUUUCCUUUUUUGCCCCACUUUUACUCUAAAUGUUGGGUUCAUUGGUAACUAGUGUAUUUUGCUGUGUAUAGUGCACUGCCAUGUAUAAUGCACACCCAU